CCAUAUUUGUUACUUAAGUGUUGUUGAGCACUAUGAUACGUUGGUACUACUUUUGUGGGCUUCUAAGUUUGGUAUGGUGCCACGUGAAGCAUCAUUCGAAAGGAGAGGUUUGGCCCAAACCUCGUUAUACUUUGAAGAAAGCAACUUUCUUUACAUUUUCUCCGAGUGAAUUUCAAUUCUCGAUAAUAAACCGAAAUUGCUUAAUUCUUGAGAAUGCUGUAACCAGAUACAAGGCGGUUCUGAACGAUUUUUACAAGAUAUCCCAAAGGGAACUAAAGAAACGCGAGAGUUGGAGUCAGAAGAAAGACAUUAAGUUCAUGUUUCGACGGUACCGUGUUGAGAAAGUUGCCAGAGAGGAGAAUCGCAAACGCUACCAAGGCAUUAUACAGGGACUAAAAAUAAAUUUAACUCAACCAUGCGAUGAAUAUCCCAACUUCGGCAUGAACGAAAAUUAUACUCUUUCAGUCUCAAAAACGGCUAUUCUAUAUAGUGACUCGUUGUGGGGAAUUGUUAGAGGAAUGGAAACUUUCUCACAGCUCUUUUACUUGUCGACAAAUUUUGAGGAAGUCCGAAUAAACACGACGGAGAUAGAAGAUUACCCACGUUAUGCACACCGAGGCUUGAUGUUGGAUACGGCGCGACAUUUUAUUUCGGUCGACAAUAUUUUAAAGACUCUAGAUGCAAUGGCUAUGAACAAAAUGAAUGUCUUCCACUGGCACAUCGUUGACGACGAAAGCUUUCCGUUCGAGAGCCAAAGAAUUCCUGAACUUAGUGAACUCGGUGCUUUUCAUAAUUCUAUGGUGUACACCAAAUUCGAUAUCAUGAACGUUAUCGAAUACGCAAGGCAGCGAGGAAUUCGGGUCAUCCCUGAAUUCGAUGUUCCAGGACACACAACUUCGUGGGGAGUGGCGUAUCCAUAUGUGCUUACAAAAUGUUACGGAAUUUUCUUGGGCCCCAUGAAUCCGAUUAAAAACAAUACCUACAAAUUAAUAAACAACUUAUUCCAAGAAGUUCAGGAAUGGUUCCCCGAAAAAUAUUUCCACAUCGGAGGUAACGGAGUCGACUUAAAAUGUUGGUUAUCCAAUCUAGAAAUUCAGCAGUACAUGACAAAGAAUAACAUCACAAAUCCAAAAAAACUUCUUGGACUUUUCAUGUUGAAAAUUAUUCAGGACUUCAAUAAAGAUACGUCGCCGAUUCUCUGGCAGGUUAAGAAUUUUUAA